AUGGACUUCGCCCGGCCGUGGCUGUCGUACCGGCGCAUCGAGCAGCACAACAACUCCUCUACUCCACCAUCAUCAACUAAUAACAACUGCGACACGUCCAAACCCCGUCGCCAAUACAUGGAUGCACAGCCCGAGGUGCAGCAUCUCUCGAAUCUGUCCCCGGAGGCGGAGCGCCGCCGCAGACGCGAGUGGAAUCGCGGUCCACUUCAAGAUCUGUUCCCCCGGAUUCCACCCAACGCCUUGGAAGUCAUCCUGGAUAAGUGCAUCGACAAGCCCUUCACGUACAACCUGAGCGAGUCCAAGGUCUGGAACUCCCGACGCUACACGAGUAUCGUCGUCGCGCACGUUCGUCACUUUUACAGCACCUAUGAUGCACUCCUCCGCGACGAGAUGCUGGAGCGCUAUGAAGCGCGGAGAAGGAGUUCCCAGCAGGUCUGGAAAGUUCUGAGGGAAUGGUGUCCAUGGGAUGCCGACAACGGUGUGCUUGAACAGUGCUUCAACGCGACAUUGCUGCCGCCAUCGGAAAGAGAUCCGACUUGGGACCCAAUGGAUAUCGACGAUGACUCGGAUGGCGAGGAAGCACCGCACCGCGCCAACACGUCCUUUGAUGAAGACGCCAUGGAUCUGGAUUGA